AUGAUUCGCUGGCUGUCCUUACUUCUCUUAGUCUCUGUUGGAUUUUGUCAUCAAUACUUGAGUCCUUUUGACUUUCUCAAGUACGAGAAAGCUGUUGUGAACACAGAUCCUAGUGUGGUUAUCACUGUCACUUGCAAUCAGUUGAAUAAGUCAGGGGAUUGGGUUACAGUUGCUUGGGAUGGUGUAUCUCAUCCAUCAGAUACUGACUGGAUUGGUGUGUAUGCUCCACCAAAUGGAGAGGAGUCCAUCGACCCAUCUAAAAUUGCACCAGUCAAAUAUCAAUAUUGUAAGGAAUCUUCCACUCAUAUGUCUUCUGGUAAAGGUUCUUUUAAGAUUCGUCUGGUCAAUGUGAGGACUCCUUAUGUGUUUGCAUUACUAACAGGAGGUUUUAAUGCUCCUACUCUUGUUGCUACAUCUAAGCAGGUCACAUUCUCCAGUCCCAAUGAGCCACUGCAGCCUCAUCUAGCACUAACCAAUGACCCAACUACCCUAUUAUUGACAUGGAACACUAGAGAUUCUCAGGAGCCAAAGGUCAAGUUUUGGCAAAAUACGACAACUAAUAUAAGGACUGAGGUAGCUACUUCUAAUAAAUACACUAGCAAGGACAUGUGUGGGCCUCCAGCUACUACU